UUUCGGCGUGUUGUUUCGCUCCUUAACAACGUGCUCUGCUCGGCCCUACAUUAUUUAAAAUAAAUAAUUAUGUUAAUCGACAUCUCAAAAGGCAUAAACUCUUCUUUAUUGUCGUUGUAAUACCCCUGAACGUUGUUCGUUAGAUUUUCAGCGUGAAAAGAGUUCCUGUAGUAUUUUAUUGUACAUCUUGUAAGUGUACUAUAAUUAGGGAAAAUGGACGUGAUACGUGCAGUCGUAUGUAACUUUUUAACCACGGAAGACAAGAAUUUGGCCGAGACAUAUAGGAAAAAGUACGGCGUGAAAAAGCUGGCAGGCAACCCACCUUCCCUAAAAGACAUAUUAGCCAUUUACCAAAAAACCUCGAAACAACAACUAAAGCUUCUUCAGGAAGAAGAUAGUGAUGAUUCUUCAUCAGAAAAUGAAGCCCCCGCUAAGCCUAAACUAGCAAAUGGAAAGCCAGAAAGCAGUUCUGAAGACAGCUCUUCAGAAGAUGAAAAACCAGCUGUUCCAGUAAAAAAACCAGCUGUUCCAGUAAAAAAACCAGCUGCUCCUGUAAAAAAACCAGCUGUAACUCCCAAAAAGGCUGAGUCAAGUAGCUCAGAAGACAGUUCUGAGGAUGAAAAACCAUCAAAGGGAGUGAAAAGGCCUGUAGCAGCUAGCUCUACUCCUGUACCAGCUAAAGUGAUAAAGAAAGAGCCAGCCACAACAAUUGCAGCUAAAAGGAAGGCAAGCAGCUCAGACAGCUCUUCUGAAGAUGAAAAACCUGCAGCAAAAAAAGCAGUUGUCGCUCCCAAAAAGCAAGAAAGCAGCUCAGACAGCAGCAGUGAGGAGGAAAAUAAAGCCACUCAAGUUAAAAAAGUUUUACCUACAAAACCUAUAACAAAAAAAGAAAGUUCAGACUCGGAUAGUUCAGAAGAUGAAGCACCUGCCAAAAAACCUGCACCUACCCCUGUGCCAGCCAAAGCAAAGCCUGUCCAAAAGAAGAAGGAGAGCAGCUCAGAAGAUAGUAGCUCAGAAGAGGAGGCUCCAGUGAAGAAAGCUCCUGUGGUGGCACCACCAAAAAAGGCUCCAGUAGUAACCAAGAAAGAGAGCUCGGAUGAAAGUAGCUCAGAAGAUGAAGCAACUGCAGUCAAAAAACCUCCAGUAAAACCAGUUGCACAGAAAAAGAAAGAAAGCAGUUCAGAGGACAGUAGUAGUGAGGAGGAAGUUGCAAGUAAACCUGUAGCAGUUUCAAAGCAUACUUUAUGGAAGGUGCAGAGACAAUUGAAAGCUGCCCCAACCAAACCAGUGGCUCCAGUUAAAAAACCGGCAGAAAGUAGCAGCUCAGAGGAGAGCUCAGAUGAUGAAAAACCUAAACAAACUCCAGUAAAACAACCAGCGAAACCAGCAGUGAAGCAACCAGCAAAACCAGUGAAAAAAGAAAGCUCAGAAGACUCAGACAGUGACAGUUCUGAGGAGGCAUCUCCUGUUAAAAAACCUGCUGUAGUAGCAGCUCAGAAAAAACCUGCGGUGGCUCAAAAGAAAAAAGAAAGUAGUAGUUCCGAUAGCAGCAGUGAGGAAGAAGUUAAAAAACCUGUUGCAACCCCUGCAAAAAAACCAACUCCCAAGAAUCCAAUAAAUUUUGUUAAGAAACAGGAGAGUGACUCAGAUGAUAGCAGUAGUGAGGAGGAGGAAAAACCGAAACCUAAAGUAGCUUCCACACCAAUACCUAAAGCUGCUAAUGGCAUUAAGAAAAAGGUUGAGAGUGACUCAGAUAGUAGCUCAGAAGAGGAGGCACCAAAAGCUACUCCUAUAAAAAAACCAGUAGCUCCAGUAGCAGUUAAUAAAAAAGCAAAGAAGGCGAGUUCUAGUUCAGAAGAAUCUAGUGAAGAAGAGGAACCCCCGAAAAAAUCUGCACCUAAACCACAGAAAGAAGUAGAGGAAGAUGAAGAAGAAUCUGGACCAGCGGCCGAGUCAACACCAGCCUCAACUCCAUUUAAGGGGCACAAUAAUAAGCAAAGAAACACACCAUUUAGGAGGGUGAAAGAUGAUGAGAUCGAGGUUGAUCCUCGCCUUAAAGACAACUCAUUUGACGCCAAGGGCGACUCAUUCAACAGAAACAAUUCGUUUGGCAACAGGGAUAAUAAUAAUUCGUUCAGGGGCGGUAAUCGGGGUGGCGGCAGGGGCCGUGGUGGUGAGGGUGGUUUUAGAGGUAAUAGAGGCGGUGGAUUUAGAGGAGGUAGAGGUGGGGAAAGAAAUUCGUUUGGCAACGACAGAAAUUCGUUUGGGGGCGGCGACAGAAGCUUUAGGGGGGGUAAUAGAGGUGGCGGAUUUCGGGGUAACAACCGAGGGGGGCCUAGGGGCGGUAGAGGAGGCGGUUUUAACAAAUUUAACAAUAGUAGAGACAGUUUUGGGAGCCAGAGUGGCGGAGAGAACAAGAAAAUUACGUUCGACGACUAGAGACCUGACUGUAGGUCGUGUCUGAUUGGUGGAGAAAUUCUCGGGGUUCCUGGGGAGAAAAAGCGAAUCAAGAUCUGAAGCACACCAGAGGAAAAUCGUUCAGACACGAGAAGACCAAGAAAAAGAGGGGCGCUUACCGAGGCGGGCCGAUUGAUUUUUCUGUUAAUUCCAUUAAAUUCGAUGACUGAUUCA